AUGUAGAAUCAAAUAAUUACGAUACAAAUACAUUAAAAAUCAAAUUAUUACAAUACAAAUAAAUUAUAAAUAAUUGGAACUAAAACUUACACAGGAUAUAAGAGCUCAUAGUGAGUCUGGAAGUUAGAUAUCCGAAAUUUAAGUCCUAUGCCGAUAUUUCAUUGGUUUGUGAUUUGAAAUGAAUAAUUGAAACAUGUGGAAGUCGAAAUGACAUGAUGCACGCGGAUGGAAGCUUAAAUAACUAUUUUUUUUGCUUUACAGUUAUGUCUCCAGUAUUUUUUCGCACGAGUGCUUGUCUUCUAUAUCCAAACAAUUCAAUUAAAAACAAAAGGAUUUUUUUUCACUGUAAACUCAACAAUUCUUCCUGUAGAUUUGGAUAUGGUUGUCACCCUUUGUUCUUCGAUUGUGAAAGAUAAAAUAAUUUUCGAGUUUGAGGGGCAUUUGUGUCAUCUGCAACCCUGCAAUGGAUUUUGAUUUCUCUCUAUAUAUGUCCAUGGAUUUUCAACGAAAUUUAAAUCAUCAAGGUGGGUGGUCCUUCUUUUAAAAAAAAAGAGGUUAAAUUAGCAUGAAUUCAACAGACAACAAUGGAGAUGAUGAACCUGGUUGUGGGAAGCCAUCUUCGUCAACUAUGAAGCUUUUUGGUUUUCAAGUUGGUGCCGAUGAGGAAUGCCCUCCAAGUGUUCAGCGAAAUGUCAGUGAGUACAGGAGAUUUGAGUGCCAAUUUUGUCACCGAGGGUUUGCAAAUUCUCAAGCACUGGGUGGGCAUCAAAAUGCGCACAAAAGAGAACGACGAGCCAAACAAGGGUCGUUUUUCACCCUUCAUCAUCAACAGCAACAACAAUUAAAACAACGGUUUCUGACUACGGGACCGGUUAUCUCGCCGCAUUCGGCUAGAACGAGGCGGUUGGCUUAUGGCAGAGGGUCCACCAGCAUGGCCUCAAGGGGUGGUCUCUCAGCAGCAGCACCAUCUUUGCCAAUGUUAACUCCAAGGGGUCCUUGUCCCUUUCAUGCUGGUGGUGGUGGUCAGGGUCAGGGACAGGGACAGGGACCAUUUCAAGUACAAAAUCACGAAGUUGGCGUCAACUUAACAGCGGGUUCAUCAUCAGUAGCUAACGAGGUAAUUGAAGAAGAUAACAUUGAUCUCCAUUUGAGGCUAGCACCAUUUAAUGAUCGAGCCAAUGGUCCCUAAGAAAUUGAACAAAUAUGUUCUGGCUUUGAAUUUUAGUCCUGUUUGGAGUAUCUAUCUAACAUAAAUAUGUUCAUUUUUAAAAAGAAUAUUUCUUUAUAUUUGGAGUAUCUAUCUAACUUAUUUUUUAAAAAAUAAAUCUACAAUAUUUUGUGAAACACCCAAAAAUGGUCAACACACUAAAAAAGAUAUAGCUGAAAACAGGGAGAAAUGCAAGGUGAUCCAAUCAAAAUCUACCAAAUUUCUUAAAAUUUUCAAAUGUCUAAUUUUAGGAAAUUAUGAUACAAAAGGUACGAAAAAUCCCACACAAAAAAGAUAAGACACCAUUUUUACAACUCAAAAACACAAUUUUAAUGACCUCAAAUCAAACACAAACCUCUCUCUUUCAAUCCCCAUAAAAACCAAUCAAUUUUUUUAUUUAUUUUAAAAUUAUAUCAAUUAAUAAUUAUCAUGGUGAAUUAAAUCCAAAAUAAAGGGGAAAAAAGCUCCUUUUAUUUUAUUUUAUUAUAAUUAUCUCUCUCUAAAUCUCUGCCAAAUCCACCUCUCAAAACCCUAAGAUGGCAGAUUUUAAGGGAGAGAUGCCUGGACUCAAGGCCGCAAAUCAGCCAUCGCAUGUUCGGAGUUCAUCGGCUUCGAUUGCGCCAGCCACAAAUCAGCCAUCGCAUGUUCGGAGUUCAUCGACUCCGAUUCAACCGAUGACAAUCGACAUCAACGUCGAAAAAUAUACUCGGAAAUAUUAUAAUUAUAAUAAAUCUAAUAUGAAAUUAGGCGUUGGUGAUGCGGAAAGGAAGAGACAACGUCGUAUGAUGAAGUAUAAUUCUUAUGCGGUUGAGAGCAGAUUGAUGAGUGGAUUUCGUUGGAUGAAGAACAAGUGUAGCGAAUUAGUUCAUGGCUGAAAAUAAUAAUAAUAAAAAUAAAAUUUGUUUCAAAAUCAAAAGGAUCACCAUUGAUGAAUUUUUUAAAGGCUGCAGCGUCGUUGAAAGAUGUUUACAGAUAGUUGAUUUGUUUUAAUUUUGCAAUAAAAAUUGAUUCGUGUUUGUAUCUUUUAAUUUGAUAUUUUAUUAUAAGGAGCUGUUAUAUGUUGAUAA